AUGAGGACCAUGAUUUCCGACUGCGGCGAGGAGGAAGCUGUGACGGUGAGGAGGACUGAGUUAUCUGACGCCCAGCAGAUUGACAGCCUGAUCGACCUCUCAGCGCUGGCCGUCUUCGGGAAGGUCAACAUUAUUCAUAUUUUAGAGAAAGCCAAUCUGGCGGUGACCCUGGCCAAUGAAAAGAACGAGGUUCUGGCUCACGCAUCCUUCUGUGAUUACCCCAUCGGAGACCUUGUGGAUCAGACUGACUGGGAGGCUUUUCUGCAUCAACAUUUCAGCACGGAACAUUUUACACCUCUGAACACACUCUUCCUCCACCUUUACGUGGCCCAGCCCAGCUUUUCCAAAGCAGGGAUAAAGGAGAUACUGCGAGCUGUCUUUAAUGUUGUGACAGAGCUGCAAUACAUCUGCCUCCUCAGCCCGAACGUCACAGCUUUAGAGCCUGCCCUGGAUGAGAUUUUCAAGCCGUUGAAGAGCCGCAGUCAGCCUGCCCCCCAGUGCUUAGCCCUUGUGUGUCACAGACACAACUACUGUCCAAUGCUGCGUGUUCGCAGCGCAAGGAAAGAGGAUUAUGAGGACAUAAAGCGCAUCUGCGCGGAGCAAGACAAAGAACUGUCGGCAUCUCACGGACCUUACAAUCUGGCCGAGCUCAUCGAGGCCCAGAGCGAGGGCAAAAACCACGUCGCUGUGUGCGAGAGUGAUGGAGUUGCCGUUGGUUUCAUCAGUGUCUGUGCAGAUGUUGAUCUGGUCCUGCUGAAUGACUGCUUUGAGCUCGAUGUGUUUGGCCGUCUUUAUAAGCCUCAGCAGGCAGACCAGUCUGAGAUUCCUCCCCAGGACCCCCUGACGGCAGACCACUCCACCAGGGAGACCCAGACCUCCACUACGCAGGAUCACACCGAAGAGCAAGAGCGAAACCAGCAUCCAGAGUCCACUGCACCAAGGAAGACCCCUAAUGCUUUCUGCAUCCAGCUAUUAGUCAUUGACAAGAAUUAUGAGAUGAGAUCCGUGGACUUUCUGCCAUUUAUAUUCAAACGUUUCCCGGAUCGGGACUUCUGCAUCAUCACGGUACCGAAUCUGAAACACGACGUCCCCCUGCUGCUGAACUUCCUCCGGGUGGCGCCGCAGCCAAGCAGCGUCCUGCACCAGGAGCUCUACAUCUUCCACCGCACAGGCCUGCUCAAGAGUUUUGAGGUGAGGACGGCGUCGGCUGCAGACAGAGCUGCUGUCUCCACCAUAGUGGAAAAGCUCAGCCAGCACCAGUUUCUACUGGAGGACCUGGAUGAGUUCUGUCAGAGGCAGUCAGAGCUGGAUGGAACACCGCUGAAGGCUUUGGUGGCCCAAGUACAGAACCAAGUUGUUGGGGUACUGAUCAUUAAAAAAGAGCAGGACAUGGACUACAUUUGUUCGCAUUACAACAUCGAGAACUUCAUCUACUUCAGCCACCACGGCGCCGAGGAGCACGCCCAGAUGUGCCACUUUGCCCUCAACCCCAUCUUCCAGCACUAUGCCAAGCACUUCCUCCAGGAAGCCCUGCGGCAGGCCCACAUAUCCUGCCUGUACCAGCACAUUGACCCCCCGUACAGCAGCCAGAAGAAUUCCUGUGUCCACCCGCUGACGUCCGUCCUCCAGUGCAUGGUUCUUGUCCGCCCACGCCGGCAGAUUUCCUACCCCCUGAAGGAGCUUGGCACCAACGCCCCGGAGAGACGGAUCACCCAGGAGCAGCCACCAUUUGCCCUUAACUUCAUCAGCAGGAAGUUGACCAUGGAGCCAAAGCUCACCAUAAACACCAGGAUUGUGGUGGUGGGGGCAUCAGAAACGGGGCUGUCCUUCCUGGAGGUGCUCGCUGUCUGUCCACACCUUAGAUUCCUUAAUCUGACCUUGAUCUCCACUCAUGGUUUUCCCGGUGACCACAACUAUGACGACGUUGGCUUUCUGUCCACAAGUCAUGCUUACAGCAGCAGAGACUUUGGCCAGCUCGGCCUGCGGCCCUCCGUCAGCGUGGUGACGGGGAAGAUGGUGGGCAUAGACAGGAAGGCCAAACACAUCCUGGUUUCUGGGGGAAGGAAGGUACCCUACGACCACGCUGUCCUCUGUAUGGGCCAGCAGUACCAGGUCCCGUGUCCUACCAGCGUCAACCUGAGUCGUCCGGUAACAAACAGAGAGCUCCCGGCAGACUGUCACUGCCACAGGUACACUGGCCACGUUCCCUCCAACCUGCUCACCCUCAACGACCAGCACGACUGCUGCGCCGCUCGCCACUGGCUGGCACACAACUUUGUGGAACAGGACGAUAAUGCCAUCGUCUAUGGGAACAGCAUUGACAUCUUCACCUGUGUGGAUAGCCUGCUGGGCUUGGGGGUCCUGGGACCUCGGAUCCACGUGGUUCUCCUCCCCAUGGAGCCUGGCACCUCCUGCUUCAGCAACCCCAGCCUGGAGGGGGCCAUGGAGAGAGCUCUCCAGAAGGCUGAGGUCCACAUCCACUGCAACUGUGUGCUGGCCCAGAUGAAUGAAGGCGAACACCCCGAGCCUCUCACAUCAGUGUCCUUCACCACGGACGGUCCACCCCUCCACCUGACAUGUGGUGUGUUCAUCAACCUCUCCUCCAGACGGGUGGACUACGACGCCUUCAGGAGCAUUAACGACGCCUGUCUGGUGUUUGACGGCAGAUUGGUUAUUGACACCACCUUCCACACCAACGACUCCUCCAUCUGUGCUGCCGGCCCUCUUACCAAAUUCUCCCGUCGCUAUGACGCCGAGCAGUGGACCCACCACAACUUCAACUCCAAGGAGGUGGGACAGGAACUGGCUGCGGCGAUGCUGCCGCUCUUCGACCCGACGCUGGAGCCCACCGUCGACCUGCCGCCCGACGCCGACCGCCUCACGCCUGUAUACAAACAACCCAAGGUUCAAGGCGGGAGACUACCUGGAGGGUAUUACUACCUGCACCUGGCCAAGCCAUCCGUCCCUGAGCCGGCGGUAGGACCCUCUUUUGUUCCACAUGCCAUCUGCUUUGGGGGACAGCAGAACCAGAUCAUCUGCAAAGAGUAG